CAUUUAUCUCAAAGAACUACACAGAACCAUAGAGAUGGUAUAUUUGGUGAAGAGUUUAGAAAGAAAGUUAGGGAGAGAGAAGGAAGAGAACCUAUUGUACAUGACCUUGCAAACGAAAGUUUACAAAAUGUCAUAAAAACUUACUUUGCAGACAAUGAACCGAGAAGGGAUGAAUAUUUAAGAAAACUCAAAUGGACAGUACCAAAUGAAAUGUUAGUAUUGAAAAACAUGUUCCUUGACAAAAUAAAACCAACUACAGAAAUAAACGACGCAAGACUGAAAGAUUGGGUAAAAGCUUUCCCAUUCACAAAAGAUAUAGUUGGUAACAUGGAAAGAAAACCAGAAUGGCUACAAAAACAUAUAUUUGGAAACGAGCAUAUUCCAUAUGGACAGGCACUGUUUGAAGAGCUUGAACCGGAAACUCAGGAAAGAGUCAUGCAAACAAUACGCGAAGACUCAAAUACAGACUAUGACAAACUCUUUCUAGGAUAUAGGUUACCUGAGAUGGGCGACCAGAGCCAAAAGGCAAAAAGGACAUGGGAAAUUUGCAACAUACUAGAUGAACAUAAUGCAAAGAUGCAACAACUUCAAGCAGAGGGCAAUGAAGGAAAAAGAAGAGUUAAAAACUCAGUCAGGAAGAAAGUAAAGCUUGGUCCACGUGGGUUCUAUUAUGACAUAUAA